GACAAGUUACAACUGCUGCUACAUUUCUUUAAUAAAGGACUCAGACUCCAGCCAGACUACUGCUUCCCUUUGUUAUUGCUGUGGCCUCCCAAAUGCGGCGUGCAGUUCGCUUCCGCGCUUUCCUUUUCGCACUCGCUGAAGGGCCCCACGACGACUAACUAAUUCAUGCUAAAUGGACCGCCAAAGAAAGCGGGAACUCCGCUCGUUGAAUGAGCGAGCCUGGGCAGGCGAGACUGACUUCUUCCCCGUCAGCAAGUCACUCGACUCGGCGCUGAAGAAGAACACGGCCUUCAUCAAGCGGCUUCGCACGGGCAUCACCGCCUCCGCCCUGCAGACCUUCCUCGCCGACAUCCGCACGCUAUCGCUGCACAAAUACCUGUCGGAGAUCAUCUCGGCGUGCUACGAGGGCCUGUGCAAGCUCAAGUCGCCCGGGGAGAUUGCCGCCGGGGUGGAGAUCACCAGCGCCCUGCACCAGCGGUUCGGACCCAAUGAGUUCACGCGCCAGAUCGGAUGGCUGCUAGGCCGCGGCCUGAGUACACCGGAUAAAGCGCAGCUGAAGGCGCUGGCGCAGGAGAUCCGCGAACGCGAAGAGAAGGACCGCUUCUCGCGCCACAGGGUUCUCCUGCGUGUCGUUACGGAGCUGUGGCUGGUCGGCGUCCUCAAAACGCUGGAUGAUAUCGAGCGGCCAGAGGAUCUCGGCGUCAAGGCUACCGCCGGCAAGGAUGGCGUGAAACCCUCCUCCUCUUCCUCAUCCUCCUCUUUGUCCGCCUUUUCGGAUGGGCCGGCCAAGAUGAGAACCCCCUCGUCGUCAGCGGCGGAGGCUGAGCCCUUCCCACUCGAGGUGUUGAAGGAUCUUCUCGGUCACGAUCGCGACCAUGUCAACUUACCCCUUGCGGUGCUCUUUGCCAAAAGCUUUAGCUGGGAUAUACUGGGGGUGAAACCGGAGGCUGAAGAAGCUAGGAAGACAGUCGAGCCCGAUGGAGCUACCACGGUGGACACGUCAGAGAGUGUCGACUCGUCGUCGUCGUCAUCGUCGUCGUCGCUGGAGAAUGACCCUCCCCUGACCUCGGAGAAGGUGCAGUCGCGUUUCAAGAACAUCCUGAAUCGGUAUCUGGAAGACGUCAAGCUCCACGUGGUUCGCGACCAAAAGGCGCUGGCGGCCCAGAGCCGUCGAAACGCAGAGGCCUACGUCAAGAGUGGCGAGAUCUUUGAAGAUCGCCAGGCAAACUUCGAGAAACAGUCCAAGUCCCUCGAGAAGCUGAUUGCCAACACGCAGGUCUUGUGCGAGGUUCUGGCUGUCGAAAUGCCGGACAUCAUCGAGCAGGAAUCCGCAGAUCCCACCGCCAGCAGCGGCAUUGGUCUAGUCAAGACGUCCGAGUACCUCCGCGGACAGGGCGAUGGCGCAGGCAUCUGGGAGGAUGAGGAAGAGAGACGCUUCUAUGAGAACCUGGUGGAUCUCAAGGGCAAGGUACCUGCCGUCCUGCUCGAGGAUGGGAAGAAGAAAAAGGCAGGCGAAGGGGAAGACCAACCGCCGGCCAAGAAGAAGGCGGAUGGAGAGGAGCCCAAAGCCGACAGCAAGCCCGAGCCGACCCCGGAAGACAAGCCCUCUGCCGACGCGGCUGCUGAUGAUCAGUCCGUGGCCAUCGCAAGCCGGACGGUCGGUGCACAGGUUGACGCCCUGUUGUCCAAACUUACCGAGUUGCAGACAAAGGACCAAGUGGAUCAGCUUGCGCUGGAUUUCUGCUUCCUCAACUCCAAAGCGUCUCGCAACAGAUUGGUCAAGGCCGUCUCCGACGUGCCCAAGGGCCGCUCGGAUCUGCUCCCUCUAUACUCGCGUCUGGUCGCCACCCUCGGUCAAUACCUGCCUGAUAUCCCACAGGGGCUGACGACCUACCUGGAUGAUGAGUUCCGGAGUCUCCAGCGCCGCAAGUCGAAGGACUUUCUCGGCCAGGUGCGCAUGAGUAACAUCCGAUACCUGGCGGAAUUGACCAAAUUUGGCGUCGUCCCGGAGCAUAUCAUCUUCCACUGUUUCAAGGUCUCGUUGGACGAAUUCUCCCGCAUGAACAUCGAGAUCAUCGGGCACUUGUUGGAGAACUGUGGCCGCUAUCUUCUCCGCAACCCAGAGACGGCACCACGCAUGGCCUCGUUCCUGGAGACGUUGGGCCGGAAGAAGACCGUCCAGCACCUAGGCCAACAAGAGCGCAUGCUCAUCGAAAAUGCCAUGUACUACGUCGAUCCUCCGCCCCGCCCCGCCAUCCAGCAAAAGGACCGUACCCCCGUCGAACUGUAUAUCCGGAGAUUGAUCUACCUGGACAUGAAUAAACGCAACUACACCAAGAUCCUGAAAUCCAUUCGCAAGCUGCACUGGGAGGAGCCAGAGGUUGUCGAAAUUCUAGAGCGCGUCUUCAGCAAGCCUGUCAAGGUCAAAUACGGCAACAUCCAUCUGCUAGCCAUUCUCGUGAGUGCGCUGUAUAGAUAUCACCAGGACUUUGUGGUUGGGAUUGUGGACAACGUUCUCGAACAAAUCACCCUGGGGCUUGAGCAGAAUGACUUCAAAUUCAACCAGAAGCGUGUGGCGGAGGUCAAGUUCCUCGGCGAGCUCUACAACUACAAGAUGGUCGAUUCCCCGGUCGUCUUUGAUACGUUGUACCGGAUCGUGACAUUCGGCCAUGAAGGAGGUACGCCUAUGCCUGGUCGAAUCAAUGUGCUUGAUCUGCCCGACGAUUUCUUCCGUAUCCGUCUGGUCUGCACGAUUCUCGAUACCUGCGGCCACUGCUUCGAUCGCGGCUCUGCCAAGAAGAAGUUGGACUUCUUCCUGAACUUCUUCCAGUACUACAUUUUCACCAAGGAUCCACUGCCCAUGGACGUUGAUUUCCUGGUUCAGGACACAUAUUCGGCAACUCGGCCUCAGUGGAAGCUAGCCACUGAUCUCCAGGAAGCCAGUCGUGUCUUCAGUGAAGCCGUUGCGCAGAACUACAAGCUCCAGGAUUCUGAAAAACAGAUGGAUCUAGACGAGGAUGACGCCGAGAGCAUAUCGUCUGGUUUCGAGGACGAUGCCAUCCCGGAGAUUGAUGAUGAGCAGGAGUCCAGUGACGAGGCUGAGGCGUCCGGUCCAAACGCAGAGCAGAACGGUGAUAGCGAGUCCGAGGAGGACGAGGAACAGAUCUUCGUCAAGCGUCAAGAAGAAGAGCGAGAUCCCGAGGCCGAGGCCGAGUUUGACCGUGAAUUCGAGAAGAUGAUGGCCGAGAGCAUGGAGUCUCGGAAGUUCGAACGCAAGAAUAUCUUCGACGUCCCACUUCCCAUGCGGCCACGUCCUGGCCGUGACGUCCCAGCCGAUAAUAACGCUGCACCCGAGACAACCCCUCUUCCGACUGAGAACACCAUGGCCUUCUCGCUGAUGACCAAGAAGGGCAACAAACAACAGACACGAACCAUUGAUUUGCCCUCCGACUCGAGCCUGGCAGUCGCCAUGAGAAGCCAGCAGCAGGCAGACCGCGAGGAGCAGCAGCGGAUCAAGAGUCUGGUGUUGAACUAUGAGCUAUCCAACGAAACCGCCGAGCCAGCAGAGGUCGUCGAGAAGCGGCCCCCUUCCCACCGCGACACUAGAAUGGACAAGUCAAACAGCGGCCGGGGCGGGUUCCGCUCGCGCAAACUCCAACUCAGCGAUGUGGACUGGUAAAAUGAUCCUUUGGGAUAGACCAACGAUUGAUUACCCUCAGAGAGAACAGAGAAAAAAAAAGAAGAGAAUCAACCAUCCUCUCGGACGAUAUGGAUGCACCGAUACUGUCGACAUCUUCGAGCAAGAUCCUAAGAACAAGUACCGCGCCUGUGAUGCGAUGCGAUAUUUUAACCUCCCGCCUCUGCGCGUGGGCAGCAUGGGCAGCCAUGGUGCGGUCUCCAGAUAGAAGGACAGUUCCGUCGGCGCAACUGCAACUGCAUCGUAUAGAUGCAUGGCUUGUUCAAGUGUCCAGUCCAUGGAUGGGCAUAAGAUAUGCCGGUCUCUCUCGUUGCACCGCGGUUCCAGAGGCUAUGUGCUCAUCAGGGCUCCAUCUCAUGCCAAGUCGCUCGGGCGAACCAAUAGUAUGCAGUCUAGAUUGCCAGAAUAGAAUAGCAUUCUUCAAUUAUGUGUCUAUAAGUGCCUCCAGGACACUGUCGCUAGUGUUUACCAUAGCUUU